UUUGUAUUUUCCCCGUCUCAUGCCCGAAUAUGUGGCACUUACUUCCCCCCAGUCGCGACGAUAUGCUUGUUCGUCUAAGAGUUCCUCUCCUUUGCAGACUACACUUGUACAGCUUGAGGAUCAUUCGACUCAUCACUGAGCAACCAUGGCAGACUUCCAGACCAUCGCAAAGCAGUUCACAGACUACUACUACAGCACAUUUGACAAUGACAGGAGUCAGCUCGCCGCGUUGUAUCGGGACGGAUCCAUGAUGACCUGGGAGGCGACACCUCAUCAAGGAUCAGCCGCUAUCAUUGAAAAGCUCAAGUCUCUCCCGUUCCAAUCCGUUCGACAUGCCAUCACUACGCUGGAUGCUCAACCCGCAUCUCAAAACGAAGCAUCCAUCAUGUGCAUGGUGACCGGUCAACUGAUGGUUGACGACGGACAAAACGUCUUGCAGUACUCUCAAACCUUCCACUUGAGACCCGAGGGCUCGAGCUAUUAUGUCCAGAAUGACAUUUUUAGAUUGGUGUACGGUUAGGCUCCUCAUUUACGUCCACCAGGCAGAGACGAGCAAGGCAUCGCCUCUCGAUCACACCCAUCUACAGGUCGUACGUCGUGAUAUGCAUUAUA